AUGGAGGUGAACGUCACGACGCCCCGCGCGGAGGGCAGCGGCGGCGGCGGCUUCGGCGGCGGGCCGCCGGCCGGCGACGCGACGGACGCCCCCACGCGCCUGCGACCGCGCGGCCUCGCACCGAAGCCUCACACGCGACCCCGAGCAGGUGAAAGCGGGCUUCUCUGUGAGCGCACGACAGCUCUUAGCCUCCUGCGCUGGAGGCUGCGUGCGGGUGCGCAUCGAGUUCUACAGCACGUACGACGUGAUGACGGGCGUGCGCAUCGCGGCCACGCUGGGCGGCUUCUUCAGCCUGAUGGUGCUGCUGGUGCUGUACAAGAGCAAGUGCAAGAGCAAGUCGCUGAGCGACGAGCAGCUGGACGCCGCGGCGGAGGCGGCGGCGGAGGCGGCCGUGGAGGCGGAGGAGCGCGAGCGCGAGCGGGCGCUGGCGGCGGCGGCGGCGGCAGCGGCGGGGGCGGCGGGGGCGGGGGCGGGCGUUCGGGCCGCCACUCGCUGCCCCGUCGCUCCAUCGGCAACAUGAGCGCGCCGGCGUGCGUGCUGGGCCGCCACUGGCGCCACUCCUACAGCCUCGAGCCGCCCGGCGAGCGCGCGCACUACGCCUACUGCACGCAGCGCGGCCGCAGCCUGCCCGGGUCGUCGCUGCGCUUCCCCGGGCUGGGCUUCGGCGCGGGAGGAGAGCGGGGCGACUCGCCGCCGGCGGACGGCGACGCCGACGGUGACGACGACGCCGACGACCUGCUCGAGGAGGAAGAGGACGAGGACGACGACGAGGUGCGGAGACUUCAAUGCGCGACCGCUCUCCCGCGCCCCUUCCCACCCCCCAACCCCUGA